AUGGAAGAGUGCAGUCGUUGUUAUGUUAAAAAACCAAUUGAAGCCUUUAAAGGUACAAAAAAUAAAGGCACAAACGCAAAUGGGUUAAAAAAAACAUGUUUUGAGUGUAGAACUAAAAUUUCUUCGGCAGCAAAAAUUAAACGUAACCAAAAAAGGGAAGAGAUUCAA